AGUGUUAACAACGGAACCGGUCCGUUUCGCGCCGAUCAUAUCAUAUCGUCCCCGAUCUCGUUCGGUCUCGGAGUCUCAGUUCUCCUCUCUCCCUUCCGUAUAUUUGCUUCAUCUCUUCGAUCUAGGGUUUAUCUCAGACCCAAACAGGACGCUUAUUCUUACAUAAUGUCUCUGUAUUAAUUCCAAUAUAAUUGGCCGAUGGCGAUAACCAUUGAGAGCUCGGUUUGGGAGCCAAAUCCAUCCAUAUACAUCUUCCUCUUCUUCUCUUGCUGUUUCUCGAUCUUUCUUUUUCCUCAUUUCACUAAUUCUAACAGAACAUCUACAGUAUUCGACCAUGGAAUCUCUUCCUCGUUUGUUCGCUUUCAGCGGAAAUUCAUUCUUCUCUAUUCUCUAUCUUCAGUGAUGGAAGGCCUGUGGUUAGCUUUCGGUGAGUUCGAGUUAGCUUCUUACGGAGUUGGCAGGGAGCAGAUGGUUAUGUCUCUCUGUUAUAGAUUUGGGGCGUCUCUCAUUGCUAGUCCCUUUCUUGGUGUGAUUUCAGACUUAAUAGGUCACAAGAAAGCAUGCCUAUUUUUUGGCAUCCUACACUUAUUUGUUGGCAUAUGGAAGAGGGUCUCUGAGUAUCCAAGCAUUUUUGUCACUAGCAUUUGUCUCUCUCUUGCCAGUGCAAUAUUUUCAUUCAGUUUUGAGAGUUGGAUGGUCACUUUGCAUGAAAAGCAAGGGCACAGGCUAGAUUCGCUUAAUGACACGUUUUGGUUAAUGGCUUUUUCUGAGUCUGCAUGUUUUAUUGCCAGCCAAGUGUUUGCAAAUUGGCUGGUUGGUGAUAAUUUUGAGAAGAAAACUGCUCCUACCACUGCAGCCAUCUUCCUAGCAACAGUAUGUAUCACUUUUCUUUCCAGAGGAUGGGCAGAAAAUCCACAAGCAAUGUCUUUAAAGGAUUAUAGCGUGUCCUUCUAUGCAUAUAUAUUAGGUGAUAAAAGGAUAUGGCUUUUGGGGUGGGCACAGGCUUGCCUUUACUUCUCCAUUGGAAUUUUUUGGAUCCUCUGGGCCCCUACAGUGGUGGCUGAUGGACGAGAAGUGCAUCUAGGAUUAAUUUAUCCAUUCUUUCUGGGCUCAAGAAUGCUAGGAAGCACUGUAUUUCCUUGGCUCACAAGUGGACACUUACCUAUUAGAACUGAGGACUGGCUAGUAUACGCAUACAUCAUACUGGGUCUUGUCCUGUCUAUUAUAGCCUAUGAUUAUCAGGAAAUUGGAGUUCUGGUGACUCUGUUUAUCCUGUUUCAUGCUUGUGUUGGGCUCAUUUUACCAUCACUCGCCAGAUUGAGGACCAUGUAUGUGCCUAAUGAGCUGCGUGGAGGGAUGAUGGGCCUUUCUCUUGCCCCAGCUAAUGCGGCAAUGCUGCUUUCUUUGGUGGAAGGUGGCUACUAUCGGAAUGUUGGGAAUGCAGCAUUGAUGGCAUUUGGUGUGUUGGGACUAUUGACUUCAGCUGGUUGCAUGCAUGCCUUGAAGCAAUGGGGGAAGCAACCAUAUAAUAACUGGCAUAAACAGUGAAUGCAUAUUGCUGAUUUGGGAGAGUUUGGGGAAGGUGGGAUGUCUGUCUUUCUUGUUGAUGAAAGUAACGAACGAUGUAGACCUCAGAUGAUGCCAAAGUAUGCACGGUGAGAUCAAUUUCAGAACGCAGAUAUCAUGCCCAACAAUUACCGAGUGCAGGAGAUUGACUUUGUAGUGGCGUCUCUAAGGACCGAAAGACAGGCUGAACAAGGACAUCUCCCAUUUUAAUUCUCACUUCAAACUCCUUGUCCAUGAGAUGAAGAUCGCUUUUUUAAAUAUAUCAGCUAUACGAUCAG